GCGACGCUUUGCAGCGGCAUCUGCAGCGGACAGUCCUGCCCUCUCAGCGUCGAUAAUAGCUCAUCUGCCUCCAGCUCUUAUUUCUUCUUUUUCUUUGUAAAAGUAGAUUUUACUGUGCCCUUGCUGUACUUGUGUACAAACAGUUUCACGAUAUCAGCACUAAGGACACCGCACUAAUUGUUUGUUGUUACUUCAGUUGUUUUGCACUUUGAUAAAAUGCACAGCACGCAGAAGGACACAACCUACACGAAGAUAUUCGUUGGGGGUCUUCCUUACCAUUCCACCGACACCAGCCUCAGAAGAUAUUUCGAAGUGUUCGGAGAAAUCGAGGAAGCUGUUGUGAUAACCGACAGGCAGAGCGGCAAGUCCCGAGGUUACGGCUUCGUAACGAUGGCUGACGAGAGCGCAGCAGACAGAGCCUGCAAAGACCCCAACCCCAUCAUCGAUGGCAGGAAGGCAAACGUCAACCUGGCGUACCUGGGGGCCAAGCCCAGACUGCUACAGACAGGGUUCAGCUAUGGGGUCCCCCAGAUCCAUCCAGCAUUUUUCCAAAGGCCUUAUGGGAUGCCGGGGCAGUGCAUGUUUCCGCAGGCGUUUGUGCAGCCCAGCCUGCCGCCCCCCCACCUGCAGCCUGCAGUCUGGCAGCACCUGCACUACGCCCAGUACUCCUCCUACGAUCAGUAUCCCUACGCCGCCUCGCCCGCCACCACCGGCUACGGCUACGCUGUCCCGCCCUCCCUGACCGCCGCGGCCUCCGCCCCUCUGACCCUCACACAGAUCCAGCCUCAGCAGCUGACCGACCGCAUGCAGUAACCACGGCAACCAGGGCCCUGCCAGACACCGAGGUGCAGGACACACCUGCAGCUGCCCUCCGUCCACUCAGGAGACAGCGCGGGGGCGGGGCCAGGUAGUACAGGCGGAGUCAGGCCUGAGGAGCCAGUUGGUGGGUGAGGAGCUAAGAAGAGGUGGAAACUCCUUGGCUUUCCGCAGUGCAGCAAUUAAACCAUAAGCGAUUUCAUGGGGGAAAAUGCUGAACUAAUUCAGAGAGCAGAUUUACUUUAUUGUCAGUGUUCUACUGGCUAUCAGGGAAAUUCAGCACUAACUUACAUCAGCACAAAGUGAGGACCAGGAGAUGGAAAUAAGAAUCAGUUCUGUGAUUGUUUUAUAAAUAUUUUCCUGUUUUUAUGUCUGUAAUACUGACUUACCUUUCUGAACUAUGCAAAGCAAAGAAAACAGCUAUUUUACUAACUCAGACGUGUUCCCAGCAAAGUGCACACACACACACACACAUACACACUCACGCACACACACACGUCCGCGCACACACAUAUA